CUUUCUAGGGGUAAACAAUCUAGCCGUUGAUAUGCACCGUGCUCAGGAUCAUAUAUUCAUUUAGACAGAGAAGAAGACUCUGCCCAAAACUCUUGAUAUCAUAGGUAGCAGUGUCCAUCUGUCCAUUAUGGAUUAUAAUAUCACCAUUCCUGAAUACUCUCAAGAUCUGUCAAAACACAUGUACCGGUUACAGCAGUCUGGUCUGUUUUGUGAUGCAUGGCUAGUGUGUAAAGAUGGGGUAGUCUUUGUUCAUAAACUGGUACUGGUGGCAUGUGGCAGUGCUUACCUUCUGCAGCAGCUCUCAACAGAUACCAGUUCUAAUACACAAUGUCAAGUUUUCUUGAAAGAUUACUCGUUGAAAACUGUUUAUGAUUUAGUACAAGCUCUGUAUACAGGAAGUUUUACCUUAAAUCAUGAGCGGGCAUUUGAUUUAUUGAAUCUUUGCACCUUUUUGGAUGUGAGUAUAUUUACAACUUCUGUUCAAGGCGUUGUGAACAGUGAUGCCAAUCUGAAACAGCAACGUGAGGAGAGACAAAAAAGCCACAACAGGAAUAGUAUAUUUUAUGACGUAGAAAUUGCCCAAGACUCUUUCUCUGCUCCUCUAAAGAUACCUAUGAAGCUUCUGGAAGAUAACGUUAUUUUGGAAAGAAUAGAGGACAGAACUAUCAAUACUAAAGGUCAAAGUUCUCAACCUUGUGGAGCAAUUUCAAUGAGGACGUUGACAUCCAUUUUGAAUUCAAAUUGUGUAGACAAUAAUAAGAGAAAAAACAAUGUAGAUUUAUCUAAUACUGACAGCAACAAUAUUCAAGUUCAAAGUUCUCAAUCUAGUGGAGCUAUUUCAAUGAGGACGUUGACAUCCAUUUUGAAUUCAGAUUGUGUAGACAAUAAUAAGAGAAAAAACAAUGUAGAUUUAUCUAAAUCUGACAGUGGCAUUCCUAAAAAACUGGCAAGAGUUUCAGAACAAUCAAAGAAUGAUGUUCAAACACGGUCAGAAAUUUGUUCACAAAAGAUAAAAGUAGAAAAAGAAAAACCCAAGACUGUUAAACACACAGAAGAUAAAGAUAGCCCAGAUAGUACCAUCCAGAGUAAACAUACAUUUAAAGUAAAAGAUAAGAAAGGGGUUUUGAAAAAAACUGAAAGACUGUCAGCAAUUUCUGGCCUGAUAUAUGAGGCAGAUGAAAAUAGUAGCGAAGAAACCAUUACUGAUAUAGAUGGAAAUAGUAGCGAAGCAACAAUUACUGAUAUAGAUGAAAAUAGUAGCGAUGGCUCUAUUAUUGAGUUACAAGUAGAUAAAUCAAUAAGUAAAGGUAGUUCAGAAAAGUCAAAACCUUUACCUGGAAACAAAGUUGAUUCAGAAAAAUCAAAAACUCUAUCAACCAGCAUGGGAAGUUCAGAAAAACAAAAACCUUUACCAACAACAAGGGAUAGUUCAGAAAAGUCAAAAACUUUAUCAACCAGCAAUGGUCAAACAAAAUCAUUACCAACAUGUACAAGUAAAGGUAGUUCAGAAAAAUCAAAAAUUUUAUCAACAAGCAUGGAUAGUUCAGAAAUAUCAAAAGCUUUAACAAAUAGCAUGAGUAGUUCAAAACAUUCAAAAACUUUACCAACAAACAAAGGCCAGGGUAUUUUAGUUGAAACUGAAAGACAAGGGUGGAAAUGUCAACUUUGUCAGAAAGUUUCAAAAGAUUUUGUUGAAAAUGAAGAUGGGCAGCACAUAUGUACAGGUUGUGAUAGUCUUUUUUCUCAGACAGAGGGUGGAGCUAAUCAGAUAGAUGGGGAAGACAACCCAACAGAAGGAGAAGACAAUCAGACAGAUGGGGGAGCUAAUCAGAUAGCUGGGGAAGACAAUCAGACAGAUGACGAAGAAAAUAUGGGAAAAGUAUCAGAAAUAAAGAAAGAGAAAAAGGAAUUACAUAGUGGAAAGGUUAUGCAGUAUGAUUAUCAAUCAUUAGUGGACGCUUAUUAUGCAGUGAAGGAGGGAGGAAUGUCCAUUCAGGCAGCCUGCAAAAAUUUUUGUGUUACCAAGUUAGCACUCCAACGAAGAGUAAGCGGAAAAGUCAGUAUAGAUAUCAAUCCACAUGAUACUCUAAUUACUGAAGGUAUACAUCGUAAGCGUAAUAAAAAAUAUCGAUCUUAUAGUACGUCAGCAAUGGCAACAGCUUAUAAAGCUGUAGUAGAGGACAAGGUUUCUAUGCGUUCAGCAUCAAAGUUACAUGGUGUACCAUUCACAACUCUUAUGGAUAGGGUGAAUGGUAGAAUAGACCCUGAUUGUACUACAAGUGGCAACGGACCUUUCUUUCCCAUAGAUAAAGAAAGCAGGUUGGUGACUCACUUGAUAGAAAUGGGUGAACUUGGGUAUGGAUAUUAUCGUCAGGAUGUGGUGGACAUAGCUAUGGACUAUGCAAUUGCACUUGAUCUGAAAACCAAGAAGGAUAAACCCUUGACUCUGACCUGGUACUCAGGGAUGAUUAAACGAUGGCCAGAUUUUAAAAUUGUAAAAUUAAAGGCUUUAGAAGUUGUUAAAGCAAAUAAUGCCAACAAAGAGACCAUUUCUAAGUACUUUAAUCAACUUGAAAAAGCUUUACUUAAAUACAAUCUCAUAGACAAACCUCAUUUAAUUUACAAUGUUGAUGAGAAAAGUGUUGCCAUUUCAGGAAAAGGUGAAAUAGUCACAAUUUUGGGUUGUGGAAAUGCAGCUGGUAGUGCGUUGCCUCCUUUCUUUAUCUUACCUGUACAGAAAGUGAAUGACCAGCUGCUGGAGGGGUCUUCACCAGGGUCUGUUGUCACAUUCUCUAAAACUGGAGAGUCUAAUUCAGACAUUUUUAUGGAUUUUCUCCACAAUCAUUUCAUGAAGAUAGUCCCAGAUAAUGAACUUGUGUUGUUGUUGUUAGAUGGACACGCAUCUCAUAUCCCUGUUAGCACAUUUGAAUGGGCAAGAAAUCAUAAUAUUAUACUCCAGUUAAUACCAGCACUCACCAGCCAUUUUUUACAACCACUAGAUGUAGGUUGUUAUGGCCUUCUUAAAGAUAUUUACAACAGUCUGUGUCAUAAAACUAUCAGAACGAAAAACUGUGCACUAGAUCAUAAUGAUGUGUGUCCCAUGGUAUGCAAAGCUUACAAAGAUGCAUUAUCAACUAGUAAUUUGCAGUCGGCUUUUAGAAAAACAGGAAUAUAUCCAUUCACCAAAGAUGUCAUGGAGUUGCCAUUAGAACCAUCUGAAGCAUUAUGCCUCACUGACUCUGAAAGCAUUGAAGAAAGCCAGGUUGAGAAUGUUAUUGACUUGCAUUUAUUAAAUGAAAACAAUAGUUCAUCAGAAGCAGAAAUUGUAAAUGAGAGAAAUCAUGUUACUGAUAUCUAAGAAUGUUUGGAGAUGAGGUCGACUAAUGCCAGAUUUGAUUUAUUAGAUGAGUGGUCAAGGUUAAGAGUAAGGUUUCAGGAUUUGAUCUGCUAUUCACACAGUCAAAUCUAUGCUAUAAUUAGAUGGGCACUUAUAUUUGGUGUAUGCAAUUGUUUACAUUUUGAUAUCUAUUUUUCAAGUUUUUUACCAUGACAAUUGUUACAAAUGUAGAAUUAUUUUAUUUACGGUUGGUUUCACAAUUACUAUAAGCAAUAGGUCACCUGUUACAAUUUAGAACAAUGUAGAAUGAUUGUUGACUGUGUCUACAUACUGUGGAUUCAUUAAUGUUUGUUGGAUACCAAUUUUUUGUGUGAACAGGGGAACCAUGAAUUUAAAUGUUCAACAAAAUACAAAUUUUCUACAGGAAUGAAUGCAAACUUUUCCAAAACAACAAAUUUAAAUAUCCUUGAAUAUGUGAGUUUUUUGCAAUCCUUGACAAUUGGUGCCCACGAAAAUAAAUGAAUCCACAGUACAUGGAUUCAUAAAACCUAUGAAAAUUGGUAUCAAACAAAUAAUAGAGAAUCCACAUUAAGUGUAAAGUUUUCUUGAUUAGAUAUGUUUCAAAGAAAUAGUCUAGCUAUAUUGUUUUUUAAAAUGAUUAAAAAUUACAUGUUUGUGUGACACAUUGGGUUUAUUUGAACUUGGCUCCAUUUUUUUUAUUGAUUACAAGUCAAUUCAAAUUUUAGUGAUUAGGUCCAUUUUGUUCAAAUGCUAUUGAAAUAGGUUAAGCAUAUUUGGUAUACAUAUCCGUCUAACUGACCUUAUUUCUAUAGAUUAUUUUUUAGUUUAAUGUAUUUGAUGAGGAUAAGUUCUCAGAGACUUCAUAUUCAUGUUAAUAGACCCUCUAUAUAUAGAGUAUAUGGUGUAAAGAAUGAUUUUUGUGUAUCAAAUUUGUCUGACAGGAUCUCUGAACCUGACUUAAAUAUCUAUGUUCCUUUUAAAGUAGCUGUCUUUAUAAAAAUCAUGCAGAGGGUGAUUCACUGAAAUAUUUUUUUGGGGUCCUAUAUCAUAUGCCAUGGCAACCAUCAAAACAAAAUUUUGCCUGAAUAGGUGAAAACAGAUCCUUAUGAAAAUCUAGUAUAAGGGAAUUAAAUGUCCCAUGGGACUUAAGUUAACCAAUAAAAACAAUGAUGUUUUUUACAUUUUUAAUAAACAAAACCCUAAACUUAAAAAAUCAAACAUUUUCAAAAGGUGUUAAUUAAAUCAGGUCGGUUUCUUAGAUUUAAAUCAUAACAGUGACUUGUAUGUUAGAUAAUGGAAUUACAGUAAGUGUUUACUGGUCUGUGUGAGAGGAUGAUUUUACCUUGACAUGUGUCAUUGACAUAAUUGAUAAUAUUAAGUUUUUGUUAUACAUUUUGUACCUGUAUUAAUGUGUUAUACAGAGGGAAACAUGUUAAUGUGUACACUUUUGUUCCUUGUUAAAGUGAAACAGAGAAUGACUGAAUUAGCUAUUACACUGUUGUACCUAGAAUUAAAGUUUGUUGCCUAUCA